CGAUUAUCAUUAUUAUCGCUUAAUUACAGGGUUAGUAAAAGUGUCUCCACGACUCUUCCCGAGUCAGAGAUUACGAUUACGUUUGCGCAAACAAAAAAUUGACGUCAACCAGUGUAUUAUCUUGAUCUUCUUACUUGAGUUAAAUCAGGAGAAUCAGCCCGAAAAUGAUAUCAUCCCCUUGCAUGAGAGUCUGGUUGUUGAUGCCCGUCUUCAAAUGUGGCGCUCUCCUGUCCGCGACGAUCACACAGCAUGGGGUUAAUGUUUUUGCAGCUGCCUCCCACCUUCCAGGAGCCACGAAAUCCAUGGCAAAUCAUGACGAGUGUCUCCUGGAUCAUGGUGAUUCUGGUUUCAUGUCAUCAGAGGACGUGCAGGAAGACAUUUCUUCGCCUUCGCAGGCGUCUGGUCGUCCGGCCAGUCAGGACGUGCCAGAGGACCUCCCACCUGCUCGCCCUCUGGUGGACGAGAACUGGGAACAGAUUCACUCCUUCUUGUCGCAACCCGCGGAUUUUUCGAAAGAGGACCAGGAACGGACCGUCGCUAACGUGGCGAAGUACUUGGCGAAGCUCAAAGCUGACACACUGGCCGAGGUCCUUGAAGAUGCUGCGGCCAAAAAUGCUAGUCGUCCUCCCUCCGACCGCCGGGCCGAGGCGGAUCAAUUACUAGGCACGGCCAUUCGAAACACCGUGCGGAAUUUUUUGCUGCGGAAAACGCGCCUGGGACCGGAAAACUUCGCCGGAACAACAACAAGUGACGGCCUUGCGGGCGCGAAUAAGAAUAUGUUCAUGCACAGCUUUAUCGAUCGAAAAUUGGUGUCUGAGCCGCCGGAGAACAGCAUUUUAGUGGGGCUUGUAGGUUGUAUUGCUUGAUGUCUAGUAUGAUUCCGAUUUCCGUACUAGCUGCACGUUGGAAGGGGUGUAUUGCAUUAACGGCUAAUACAUUUGGAAAUGUGUCAACAUAUAAAUAUGAUCCACCGUCACCAAGAAUUCAACCGAUUCAGCAACCUCACAAGAAGAAAUUUUCCUUCGAGCGAGACACGUUUGCGAUUGGAUUCGCCUGACCCAGAAGCAGUAUCUGAAGGAUUGGUACAAAAAGGUGUUCCCGAAAAGGAAAGACACGAGUCAGGACGACAUGUGCGGUUGGUACGAAGAAUACUCCUGGACGCCAAACCUGAUCAGCAGGGACGAACGCGAGCACCGGCCGUUGGUAUUCAAGAAAAAAACACCAUCACAAUCACUCUUGCACAUUUACAUUUUUGCAUAUACGAAAAUUUUUGAUGUCAUGCGCAAAAAUGCAUCACAUUCAAGAGUUACUGGUGGUUUCCCUUUGUGUUUUUGAAAUACAGGAAAAAUUUGUCUUGCGAGAGAAAUUUCUGAUGCAAAACCUCCUAAAUGUGAUUUUUGUGAUGGUGUUUUUUUCUUGGAUAGUUGGCGUCCGGGUUGUACAGGUGUUCGGGGGAGAGCCUUGAAAGCAUCAAGAAGAUCACGAUCCGAAAAGGCAACCGCUUCGAUUCCAUGCAGCAAUGGCUUUCCGUCGACAGCCUGACCACGCCCUGGUUCGAAGCCACCAGCACAAGUGAAGGUGUCGCCACGACGUCGUCCGGCGGGGGGACUGAUAGCGGUAGUACUAGUUCUAAUUCCGCGAGAGCAUUUACAUCAUCAGCUAGUGGUAGUGGCGGAAGAAAUUAUAACGAACGCGCGGGGACGAUGUAUCCAAACAAUUUGUUUGGACACAAAGAAUUUCCAUACGCGGGCGAGACCACCGCCCCCGUGGCGGCGGUGGCCUUUGGCUUUGAGUCUGGGGAUAUUGGGAGCCACGCGCCUUGGCACGAGCAAGGACCUGAAGCACGGGCUCGCUUUGUCGAACACGUAGUGCAGAACGACAUAUCGCAAGAAAAAACAAUAGUUUCCCUGUGAUGUUGCACUUGUUGUGAUGUUGCAGAGAAUGCAUGGCGAUGACAGAAGCGUUAUCUACACAUGCAAUGCAGUGCCAGUAUGUUCGUAGGUGUAUUUCCCCUUAGGAAGUUCGCAUGCAGCUUUUUUUUGUAAUGUAAAGCAACAGCUGCAAAAAUAAGAAUAAAGUACGAAACAAACGUGUUGGUGUUGCACAGGGAAGCUACACUUUUUUUGUUUCGAUACGACAAUCCAUCGAGUUACUAUCCCCGUGUUUUUUUGGAAAGGAAGUUGACGAGCGAAUCCGCUCAAGAUUUUUUUUCUAUAUCGCAGAGAAAAGAGCACAAACUAGUUAAGAACUGCCGCCAUCUAGUAGACUGGGGCUAGUAUGGAGGCUAUGCACAAACGGGAACCACGGUUAUUUUAGGUCAUGCAAGAGUUAUUUAUUAAGUAAAAGCACAUGCAAAUGAGUGCCAUUCAUUACAACAAGUCAAAUAUUAUUCCCGACAGUUCUCCGCUCAUUUGAUUCUGUUGCAUACCGUGCGCCCCUUGCCCCGAACGAAGACCGGCUUCGUUUCCAAUACAAAAGUGGUGGAGAGUGGGACUUUGACCCAGCCGGGUAUACCACUGACUUCGAUCCAAGUGGCGUGUUCUUCGCCGACAAGUUUCGCACGCGUGGGCCUUGGGACGCAAUGUGGCCGAGGAGCGUGUGGAAAUUUCUGAUCCUGGAAUCGCCUACGGUCUUCACGAUGUUGCACUGCGAGACGAGCCGUAAUUGGGAUUGCCGGUUUCGGAUCUGCGAACGAGUAAACGAAGCAGUGUACCUCGCUGAACCUCUAAGCUGAACCUGGAGAAUAAGAGAACGCGGUCGGGUACCUCUAAGUACUUACCUGCGCCGGAUAGUUUCGUCGACUGAUAUUCCAGUGGAGUUGUAGCAGAUAGUCUCGCGGCUGUCGCUCGCACUCCCACGAUUUGAGUGUCAUGCUUUGAUCAUUUAUACAAAUUUUAUCCCCUGCAACUACAAGUGCAGCAACCUUUUUCGAGCAUGAUGAGUGCAGUGUCAAUUAUGUUCUGACUUCUGCGUACUGUAAGCAAUCAAAAAUCAGUCUUUCAUGUAGUGGCAGACCAGCAAAACAGUGCACGGUGCUGGCCCUGUUGCCACAGUUCUUGCCAUUGUGACAAUACAAUGAGGCGCCGGCCGCGUCGCUUACAUAACUAAGAAACUAAACUUUUAAACAUUUCGUUUCCUCGGCAAACACUCUCGUGUCUACUCAGCGGCACAGACCACAGCUGUAAAGUUCUUGUCGACGAAUAGCUGAUAGAUGAACAAGGAUCACUCAGACGAGACGACCGCGGUAUCAAAUGAACUCUCAGAUGAACAGUGCGAGAUGACAUCAUGGAAACAAGACGAAGCACCUUAUUUGUAGCAUGAUAAAAUGAAAUUCAGAAAGUGAUGAACCACAACAGCAUCAUCAAGAUGCUUUUUCUUCCC